CGGGAAACCCCUCUUGCCCCUGUGCCGUCACGAGAUUCAACUUCAUCGAAUAGGUUUCCCUUUAACAACUAUUCUUUUAUCAGUGAUAGUCAAAUUUUUCAAACAUUUAUAGGGUUACCAUAACACGCUGUCACUUUGACAAAAUUGAAAGUACACGAAUAACACAAAUAACAUAAAUAAUACAAAAAUAAUACCGAAAGUAAAUUUGACAUAAACAUGGUUCUAUUAGGUGAAACAUUUCCAAACUUCGAUGCGGAGACCCAAAAUGGCACAAUUAAUUUUUAUAACUGGCUAGGCGACUCAUGGGGAAUUUUAUUUUCACAUCCGAAUGAUUUUACACCGGUAUGUACAACAGAAUUAGCACGAGUGGCAACAUUAAUGCCCGAAUUUAAAAAAUUGGGUGUGAAAAUUAUUGGUUUAUCGUGUAAUUCAGUUGAAUCACAUCGUAAGUGGAUAGAAGACAUAAAGUUCUACGGAAAAAUAACCGAAGGGGAGUUUCCUUAUCCAAUAAUAGAAGAUGAAUCUCGAAAACUCGCAGCAUCAUUGGGAAUGUUAGAUCCUGCAGAAGUUGAUGGCUAUGGUAUACCUAUGUCUGCUAGAGCAGUAUUUAUCAUUGAUCCUGCUAAAAAGAUGCGAUUAUCAAUUUUAUACCCUGCAACAACUGGAAGAAACUUUGAUGAAAUUUUACGAGUGGUUGAGUCACUUCAACUGACAGAGAAGUAUAAAGUAGCAACUCCUGCUGACUGGAAGAAAGGUGAAGAUGUUAUGAUUCAGCCUACUGUUUCUGAUGAUGAGGCAAAAACGUUGUAUGACAAUAUUAAAACUUUAACACUACCAUCAGGCAAAACUUAUUUGCGUAUUGUACCUCAGCCAACCUACACAUAAAUAAUUCUUUCAAAUAUGAAAAACAAUUAUUUUACAAUGUAUUUUCUUAAAUUACGACAAUUGAUGUUUGUAAAAAUUAAAGUACACAUUCUGAUAAUAUACUGAAUUUUUUCUAAUAUA